CUCUUUGAUGAAACAGAAGCCUCAUUUACAUGGCUCUUUGAGACCUUUCUAGCUGCCCAUAAUUAUAGGCAACCUAGAACUAUUUAUACUGAUCAAGAUGCAGCAAUGGGAAAGGCUAUACCCAAUGUGUUCACGGAAUCAUAUCAUGGAUUGUGCACCUUUCACAUCAUGCAAAAUGUUGUCAAACACUUAUCUCCAGUGAAGGGCCAAGAGAAAGAAUCUCAUAUUCUCUCUGAUUUUAGUGCUUGCAUGUAUCGCUAUGAGGACAAAAUAGAAUUUGAAGAAGCAUUUGACAGCAUGAGAUCUAAAGUGCAUAAGCAAACUUGGCUAGAUAGUAUAUACAAGGUGAAAGAAAAAUGGGCUGAAUGCUAUAUGAGAGAUGUCUUUAGUUUGGGAGUGAGAAGUACACAACUAAGUGAGAGCUUCAACAGUUCAUUGAAGAACCAUUUGAAAUCAGAUUUUGAUAUUGUCCGUUUUUUGAAGCAUUUUGAGAGGACAGUUGAAGAAACAAGAGCUAGAGAACUAGAGGCUGAAUUUGAGGCAAGGAAGAAGCUACCAAGAAGGCGGAUGUGCACACCUAUGCUAAUUCAAGCAAGCGAUGUUUACACUCCAGUUAUUUUUGAAGCUUUCCAAGUUGAGUAUGAAAGAUCCAUGGCUGCAUGCACUACAGUGUUGGAUGGAGAUAACAAAUAUACUGUCACUAUUGGUAAUUUAAGUGGUGAUUUAAGUUUUGAAGAGGAGCGCAUAGUGACAGCUAAUCCUUUCAACCAAACAACUGAUUGUAGUUGUCAAAUGUUUAAUAGGACGAGGAUAUUAUGUGCACAUGGUCUGAAAGUGCUUGAUUUGAUGAAUAUAAAAAUGUUACCCACACAUUAUGUCCUAAAAAGAUGGACUAGAGAAGCAUGCAGUGGAAGCAUACUGGAUAGACAAGGAAGGGAAGUGGUGGAAAAUCCAAAGUUGGAGGCUCAACUUAGGCUCAGAUCUUUGUCUCAUAAAUUUCUCAACAUGGCAUAUAAAGCAGCCAUUUCUCUAGAGUGUUGUUUGCUAAUAGACAAUGCACUUGAUCUCCUUGGUCCACAAGUAGAGGAUAAACUCAAUGCACCAUCUAGUGUUGCCAAUGAAAAACCAUGUAAUGACCAAGAAAAUAUUAGCCCAAACAUGCAACAAAGAGAUGACUUGCUCGGCACUGCACAACUUAAGAAAAAAGAGGUUCAGUUGAAAGGCUCAAAGAGAAAGAAAAGUUGGAUUGAGAAGUUACGCAAAGGGAAGCGCAAGGCGACUAAAUCUGCUGUACCAACAAAAAAGGGAGCAAAGAAAGAAGAUGGUGCACCACCACAUGUACAAGUGGAGAAUAACAGCAGCAACAAAGAAGCAAAUGUGGACCUCCAUGAGUACAGGGUCAUUGGUGAUUUUACCAGGCUCCUAACAUCUAUGGCUAGUCAUGAUGAAAAUUUUUAUGAUGAAGAUCUGUUCUAGAUUUGCAAGUUGAUUGGAUAGUAUUUUGGAUAGAGCUAACAACAAUAUUUUGUGGGCUAACUAUAGUAUUUUGUGAGUAGCCUGAUGAAUGACAGUUAGUAUGCCAGGCAAUGCCCAAAUGGUGUAAUUGUAAAUUUCUGAAUGCCAUGUAUUGCUUAAGAAACUGAAACAAAUGCUAUAUAAACAUCCUUCAAAAUUAGCUGUAUGUUUGUGUUCUGUUUGCAUGUGCUGUUGGUAA